UUAUCUUUCGCGCAACUCGUAGCUUGGUAGCUUUCUGCUGCGCUGAGUGUAGAGAUACGAGUUGCAAGAAUUGCAGAGAGCAGUUUCUACUAUCAACGCCACCAAAUAUGACGACCGUCGUACCUACAUCCGAGGAGGAUCCCGCCCUCUCCGUUGUGCGUUUCACCGCCGAGAUGGCCUGGGCUGAAGCCGGUCCUGAGGUAGCUGAACCACAAGUGACUAGUUUGUGCGUGGAGGCCCAGGAAUGCAUGAUUGCUGGCAGAUGGUUGGAUUUGGCUUCACUAAUGAUUACUUCGGCUGAUUUAGUAUUUUCUAAAGCUUCAGAAAAAGAUCUUGAGUGCAUCUUCACUGUCAUCUGCAAUCUUGUUAAGAAGCCCGAAAGCCUUGAUGAGUCGCUAGAGAUUUCAAAGCUCAUAUCCACAAAAAUUGCCCAACAACCAAAUGAAAAGCCUUCACUCCGAUUAAAGAUCUUGUUCAAUCUGUACAACAUGUUAGAGAACCCUUAUGGAAGGUUCCUUGUUUACAUGAAGGCUCUUGAAGUAGCAGCCAAUGGGAAGGUCAUGGAUCACAUCAUACCUUCAUUUAAAAAUACAGACACCCUAUUGAAGGAAUGGAAUCUUGGACUCCAUGAUCAAAGACAACUCUUUCUUGCCAUCUCUAAUAUCUUGAAGGAACAUAAGAGCUCAACCAAAGAAAACCUCAAAUUUCUAACCAAGUAUCUGGCAACAUUCUCUGGUGAUGAUGCACAUGAUAUAAACGAGGCGAAAGAAGAAGCUGCUUACACCAUUAUUGAAUUUGUGAAAGCACCCGACAUGUUUCAGUGUGAUCUGCUUGAGAUGCCAGCUGUAGCACAACUGGAGAAAGACUCAAAGUAUGCAUUAGUCUUUGAGCUUCUCAAGAUAUUUCUGGUCAAAAGAUUGGACGCAUACUUGGAUUUUUAUACAACAAAUUCGGAAUUACUGAAAAGCUACGGCCUUGUCCAUGAAGACUGUAUCUCAAAGAUGAGGUUAAUGACAAUUGUGGAUCUUGCUUCUAAUGAAUCUGGUCAAAUUCCUUAUUCUUUAAUCAAGAACUCUCUUCAGAUAGAGGAAGAUGAGGUGGAAUCAUGGGUUGUGAAGGCAAUCGCUGCAAAAUUGAUUGAUUGUAAAAUCGACCAAAUGAAUCAAGUGAUUAGAGUGAGCCGAUACAGUGAGCGUGUGUUUGGGGUGUCUCAAUGGGAAGCUCUAAGAACAAAGCUGACAACAUGGAGGGGUAAUGUUGCAAAUGUAAUAACAACUAUUCAAGCCAACAAGGUUGCUGAGGAAGGAACUCAAACAAUGCAAGGAUUGAUGAUACGUUAGACAUUUUUGUUCAUUUUACCCGAAUCAUAAUUAUGGAAAUUUUGACCCUUCUCCUCAUUUUGAGCUCUAGGUUUCUUGUUGUUUUGUGUUUGAAUAUGUACUAUUACUUUGUGAAAUUCAUUAGAAAACAACAAUCUUUUCUUGCUUUUA